GAUUCAACUAUGCUCUCAUUGGUACAUUCAACCGCCGACCAGCAUACAUUGUCAUGAAGAAUUUCUUACAGAGGCUGGGCUUCAAAGGAUCAUAUUCACUUGGAAAACUUUCUUCCAACCAUGUUCUUUUAAACUUUCAGUUAGAGGAAGAUUAUCAGAGAUUUUUUCUUAGACAAACAUGGUCUAUUGGUAGCCAUGUUAUGGUGGUUACCAAGUGGACUCCUGACUAUAUUGAAGGAGAAGACUGCCCUAUUGUUCCUGUCUGGGUUUCAUGCCCAAAGCUCCCCAUCUAUCUCCAUGAUCAAAGGGCUCUUUCCCUAAUUGGUUCAUCUAUAGGUAGGCCUCUUAAGGUGGAUGAGAACACUCUUAACUUCUCUCGCCCAGACUUGGCCAGAUUCUGUGUUGAAGUUGAUGUUUCCAGAGCUUUACCUUCCAAGGUCCACCUAAAAUUAGGGGAUAAAGACUCCUUUAUCUCUUUAAUUUAUGAGAAUGUUCCUCAUUAUUGCACUGAAUGCAAGAAGCUUGGUCAUCAUAAAGGAUCUUGCAAAAGAGAUGAACAAAGAAAAAUUGUGCAGGAAAAGGAAUCUAAUUCAGCCCCAAAGCCUCCAAAUCAUUCUUACAAAGGAAAAGAACCAGCUAAGGAAGAAUGGACAAAAGUCACAGCAAGGAAUGGUGGGGUCAAUAAAGUCUGGAAAAGGAAAAUGGGCCCUUUCCAGUCAGGUCCUGGGGAAUGCUCAAACACUGCACCUGUGGAACAAAAUAAACAGCUACAAGACAAGCUUCACACUGCAGGUACAGAUCCUGUCCCACUUCACCCUCAAAACACCAAGGAUAAGGACAGAGAGGGUAAAAAUCUUGCUCUUGUACUCUGGAAACCCUUACCAACAAUUGAAGAAUCAAUUUUUACCCCUCUUCAUUUAUUAGACAAUGAUGAUUCUGAUAGUGAUGAUUCGGAGUAUGAAGACCUGGGAGUGGUCAGUGACUUGCAUUGGAAAGAUGAAGCUCCUCUACAAACUGCAAAAGUAGAACAAAAAACCAUUGAUCAAUCUAUUAAAUCCAGGCUCAGAGGUAUGAGGGGACUGGCAAAUAAACUCAAGGCUCUAAAGAAGAUUAUCCAAGACUGGAAUCACACUACCUUUGGUAAUAUUUUUUCUAAAGUCAAGGAAGCAGAAACUGAAGCUCUAAAGGCUCAGGAAAUCUUUGAGAGGGAAGACACUCCAGCCAAUAGGGAGGCCAGUAACCUAGCUAAUGCUAACUUAUUAAAAAUUUGUAAGCAGGAGGAGAGCUACUGGGCCCAAAAAUCAAACAUCAAAUGGCUUGCUGAAGGGGAUAUUUCUACAAAAUUCUUUCAUUCAUUUGUUAAAGGGAAAAGAAGAAAAGCCUCUAUUAGAUUCAUGAAAAACCAAGAAGGUAAGGAAAUGGUUGAUCAUGUUGAACUAUCCACUUAUAUAGCUAAACACUUUGAGAAUACUUUUACUGAGGAGCACAGUGGAAAUCUAGAUCCUAUUAUCCAACACAUUCCCACCCUUAUUACAGAACAUGAUAAUCAGGCCAUACUUCAGCUUCCCAUUGAGGAAGAGAUUAAAAGUGCAAUUUGGCAUCUUAAUCCCAAUAGUUCAGCAGGUCCAGAUGGAUUUAAUGGUGAAUUCUUUAGAUACUUUUGGGACACUAUCAAGAUGGACAUGGUCAGUGCUGUGCAGGAAUUCUUCUUAGGGAUACCACUGCCUAUGGCCUUUGGGAGCUCACUCAUCACUCUAAUUCCCAAGACUGAAGGGGCUAAAGAGAUUGGGGACUAUAGACCUAUAGCACUAUCUACUUUUUUCAGCAAGAUUAUAUCUAGAAUACUAUCAAGCAGAUUAGCUCCCCUUCUAGAUAAAAUCAUAUCCCCAGAGCAAGCGGGGUUUCUGAAAGGCAGAGGUAUUGAAGAACAUAUUUUACUCAGCAAUGAGUACAUGCACAACCUGGACUCUAAAACAAGGGGAGGCAAUGUGAUGAUUAAGCUUGAUAUGGCUAAAGCAUUUGACAAGAUGUCUUGGAAUUACCUGGAGGCUAUUCUUAAAGCUUUUGGAUUUAAUGAGAACUGCACAGCACUACUUCUACAGAAUCUAAAAUCCACAUAUAUGUCUAUCCUGGUUAAUGGAAGGCCUGCUGGAUUUUUCAAAAUUAAGAGAGGAGUUAAACAGGGAGAUCCCUUAUCUCCCCUUCUUUUUAUUAUUGGUUCAGAAGGGUUUUCUAGGAGCCUUAAGCAUGCAAUCUCUUCAGGAUUUUUAUCCCCAUACAAGGCAGGAAGGAGUCAGGUUGUCUCCCACUUGGCUUAUGCAGAUGAUUUGAUUGUGUUUCUUAGGGGUGAUAUUAGGAAUAUGCUAAGAUUCAAAUACACUCUGUACACUUAUCUCCAAGCCUCAGUGCAAGACCUCUCUUUAUCUGUCAUCAACCUGAUCCAUUCUAAGUUAGCCAACUUCUUUUGGGGUUCUAAAUUUGGAAAGAACAAGCAUCAUUGGGCCAAGUGGGUUUCUCUUUGCAGACCUACAGGAGAAGGUGGUCUUGGAAUCAGAAGCUUAUUUGAUAUUCAAAGAGAUUCUGCCCUAAAGCUUUGGUGGAAGGCCAUCACUGGUGACACAAUUUGGGCACAAUUUGUGAAGAAUAAAUACUACAGGGACGGUCUUUUUGAAGCAAAGGUGUAUGACUCUGCAUCCUGGAAAAGAAUAUGUAGAAUUGCACCUCUGGGUUUUCAGCAUUCUAAUAUGCAAGAUAAUGAUAUCACAUGGGUAAAUGGGACCUUUACUUUCAAGGAAGCUUACUGGGCAGUUAGAGAAAGGGAUAUUAGCACUCAGUUUAACACUCUCUCCUGGAACAAAUUUCAAAUUCCUAAGGGGGGACGAGGUGGUUUUGCAAUGAAGGGCAGAGGGAAAAGGAAGUUUUUUAAGUGUCUGGAAUCGUCAGGUGUACACGGCGGUGGCCGUAAAUCCAAACGGUCCAGUCUUGCCGGCAAGGAGAUGACAGAGGAUGGCGAAAAAUGUAAAUCGUCCAUUGACAGUGACACCGCCUUUGACUUCGCCAAUAAUGAUAGGCCAACAGAGAAAUCUCGUAGAAGUUUUUCUCGCACGAUCAAAGCCGCCCUUUUCGAAACGUCACUGUCGAGGAAAUUUCGAAGAAAAGGUCCGUCUAUACCCAUAGCAGAAUCAAAAGAUGUGGAUUUAUCACAAAAAGAGAAGAUGAAGAAAUUGCCAUUAGACGAUUCAAAACAAUGUUGGGGCACAGACGAAAAUCUGGGGAGCCAUUCAAGCGAUAUGUGGGACUCCUCCUUGUUACAUUCGUCCUUGUCCUUUACCACAACAACAACAUUGUCCUUUUCCCGCGCGUCGUCCUGGUCAGCAUCCGAGAGAAAGAUAUCGGAGGUGAACGAGGAGAUGGCACCGACCACGAGUGCGGCCAAGGCCGCACUUCCGGCCCUAAAACCACCAAGGCCUCCGGCGGCGAUGGCUACGGUGAUGAAGGAACCCAUUGUUCCGAUACACAUGCCGAUGGCGCGUUAUUGCAAUUUACGGAUAAUCUGUUUUGUGAUUCUUUCGCUAAUGGCGUUGAUAUUUUGGGGGAAGGUAUUGGCCAUUGUUUGUACUUCCAUAUGGCUUUACUUGAUACCCCGUUUUACUUCCUCACCGGAGGUUGAAGAAGGGCUUCGCGAGGGGCUCCGGAAGAGCAUUUUUUCUAAUCGGCUGGCAUAGGUCUUAAGGAUGUCCUUGUUAUGUGUUCUUGACAUUUUUUAAAUCGUGGAGAAGCUUCCAUUUAGCUUAAAUUUGCUGAAAUAUUAGAAUAAUAAUAAUGCUUAUUAAAAAUAUGGAAUACAUGUGCUAGUUAGGA